AUGUCAACUCAGAAUGAUGUUAUGAAAAACCGGAAGGAGAUGCAGGAAAUCGACAGGCAGAUUCAAGCCUUGAACUUGCGUCGAAAUGCCCUUGCGCCAAUUUCCUCUCUUCCUCCAGAAAUUAUGUGCAUGAUGUUUAUGCUGUCAAGCGAAAUGGGUCGCGAAAGCCGGCGUGUCCUCGAAAUUACGCAUGUCUGCCACCAGUGGCGCGUCCUUGCGCUGGGAUACCCUUCCCUGUGGGCACGGCCACCUCUAUCCGAUCCGCGGGGUACGGAGGAAUUUCUCAGACGUGCAGAGGGCGCACCUUUGGGAGUCUCCAUAUUUUUCACGAGAGAGAACACUAAGGCUAAUAUCGAAGCUUCUGCGAUUGUUCUCGAUCAAAUGCACCGUAUCCGGACCCUGAGCCUCAUUGUGGAAGAUAGGCGUCCUACUCGCGAUGUAUUGGAUCGUCUAAAAAAGCCUGCACCCCUUUUGGAGGAUCUCGAGAUAUCCCCCGCCGACGCCUUUACCAAACAUAUCGUCCUCUUUGAUCGCGUCACUCCGGCACUCCGUAGUGUUUCGUGCUUUCAUUGGAGGUUUGGGUCUGCCGAAGAUCUGACCCUCUUCCGCAAUAUCCGGGAGCUCUCCCUCGUUCACCCACGCGAUAGAUUGUCCAUACGCGAUACAGCGUCGCUCCUGCAGGGUAUGCCCUCGAUUGAGUCACUUGUGCUGGAUCAGGUCGCCCCAGAAGUCAUCGAUCUCUCACGAAUAUCGCCUAUACCUGUGCAAAAACUGCAACGUGUGGAGAUUUCAGAUACACGCCUCAUCCAGUGCGCGACAAUGCUAGCGUUUCUCGGUCUCAGAAAUCGGCCGACGCUACAUUUGGCGACGUUACUGCCUACUAGUCCCAACAACAUCGAGACCGCUUUCCGGGUUAUCGACCCCAUCCUACGAUUGGGGCACGCUCCUCCGUUCGCCUCAGCGGAAGUGACUUGGGAAGAGUCGGAUCGCUUUACUAUCUCCCUGUGGUCCACAAAUGAGGAUGCCACUUCUCCGCAGACGUCGCGACCGCACUUCAGCAUCCUUCUCCACACGUCCGAGCCGUGCCCGUUAUCCCUCUGGUGCCAGUAUCUUCCCUUAUCCGAAAUUCGGAGUCUGUCAUUGGAUACCUGCAUCACUAUCCGCUCGAGCAGGGAUAUGGGUUGGCUGCGGACAUUUGAGUCGUCUCACAAGAUCGAAGCCCUCCAUGCUCGGAAGGUAGCCGUCCAGGAAGCAGUAGAAACCUUGGGCGCCCACCUUAUGCACAAAUGGGAUUACAUGGACGAGCCAGAAGAGCCGUACUAUUCUGAUGAGGACGACGAGGAUGAAGAUAGCGAUUAUCAAACGCGUCUAGGGAAGCAAGAUCAUCGUCUUCCCAAGCCAGCUCCCCCCAAGAGGAUAUUCCCUCAGCUGAAAGAGCUUACGCUAGAAAGGUGGGAUCUCAAGGACACAGUCACCAUGAGAUCCGUUCAACUUUCCUCGGUACUCGAAGAAAUUGUCAAAGACCGCGCUGAGACAGGGGCGCGACUAUCUCUGCUGCGGGUCAGGUGUACCGGCAUCCACAAGCCAGCUGCCAACAGGCUAGAAGCAAACGUUGAUCAAGGAGUUAUCGACUGGCAGUACAUGCAAUAA